AUGGUGAAGAAGAGGAAGGCGUCAGCUCAAGACGUUGCGGAGGAUGCGGAUCUGGACUUUGAGGAUGAUUGUCAGGAGGAGCCUGAAGAGGAGGAGGAGGUGGUCGAUGCUGAAGCCGAAGCGAACGACGAAGAGGCGGAGGAAGGAGCGAAGAUGAUUUGGAGGCCAGGAGUGGACGCCAUCGAGGAUGGCGAGCAGCUAGACGUGGAGCCUGGGACCUACGACAUGCUUCACCGAGCGCAGGUGGAGUGGCCGUGCCUAUCGCUGGAUGUUCUGCGGGAUGACUUGGGCGCACAGCGCGCCUCAUACCCCAUGACUGCUUACGUGGUUGCUGGGUCUCAAGCUUCCCGCACAGAGGACAAUCGGCUGUAUGUCAUGAAAUGGCAUAAGCUCUACAAGACGUCGAAGGAUGGCAAGGAGGACGAGGACGAGGACGAGAGUGAGGAGGAGAGCGAGGAUGAGCAUGAGGCGGCGCUUGAGUCCAAAACUACUCCGCAUCCUGGCGGUGUCAACCGGGUCCGCUCCAUGCCGCAGGCAGGGCACAUUGUGGCGACCUGGGCGGACACCGGAAAGGUGCAUAUGUGGAAUCUGGAUGCACACCGCAAGGCUUUGGACAAAGGUGGCGCAGCACCGCCGGUGAAGCCCAUCUUCACCAACGAGUCCCACACCGAGGAGGGCUUUGCAAUGGACUUCAGCCCCCACGAGACCGGGCGCUUUCUCUCUGGGAGCAAUGACUCGCAAAUCCUGCUCUGGGACCCAGCGCCAGGAGGCUGGAAGAUCCAGGCAGAGCCCUUCAAAGCCCACAAGUCCUCCGUGGAGGAUGUGCAGUGGAAGAAGCUUGGCAAUAGCGCUCAGUCCACCUUCGCGUCGUGCAGUGCUGAUGGCAGCCUGAAAGUUUGGGAUGUUCGCGAGAAGGAGCGAAAGAAGCCAGCCAUGAAGGUGGCUGAUGCGCAUGGCGGCUCUGAUGUGAAUGUCCUGAGCUGGAGCCCCAUCGUUGGGGAGCUGAUUGUCACAGGUGCCGACGAUGGAGGCUUCAAGAUCUGGGACACCAGGCAUGCCGCCGCAGGGCCCAUGGCCAACUUUCUGUGGCACCGGCAACCGGUGACUUCAGUGGACUGGCAUCCAACAGACGAGACCGUCCUGGCUGUGGCCUCUGCAGACGAUUCUGUCUCGCUGUGGGACAUGGCGGUUGAGGACGAUGCUCCAGGCAGGGAGGCGCCGCAAGGAGCAGAUCACUUCCCUCCGCAGCUUUUGUUCCUGCACCAGGGCCAGAAGGAGCCAAAAGAGCUAUGCUGGCAUCCUCAACUUCCCAGUGUGUGCAUCGCAACUGCUGCAAGUGGCUUCAACAUCUUCAAGACAUGCAACAUUUAG